AUGACUGAGGAUCCUUUAAAGCAAGCUGACGGAGACAACAGAGGACUUGGGGAGGUUCUUCACUCUGUACUUUCUACGUGCGAAAGAGAGCUCCAGAGUGUCAUUUCUCCAACAGUCCGUAUGUCCACCAAAAAGAACGUAAUGCAUUCACUCCUAAAGACUGAGAUCCUUCUAGCCAGGUUUUUAGUCCUAUAUAGAUGGGUUAAAAAAUCAGAAACGACAAAAAUUUAUAAUCAAAUUAAGAAUGCAUUUGAAGAAAACACGCAAAAAGUCAGAAAGAAAUAUCGGCAAAUCAGAAAUGCAAUUAAAACAGACAGUGAUCUCAAAACAUUUGAAUUUAUUCCACAAGUUCAGCCAAUUGAAGAGAUUGUCUUCAACACAUCGCCUCGAAACAUAUAUCUCUGUCUUUUGCAACAGAAAAUUCCAUCAGAAAUUACUAGUAUUUCGUUAAAAAAUAAAACGAUUUUUGUUACUUCAAAUGGCUAUUAUAACUACUCGGUAAAGAUCUCACAUAACGGCGGAUUACAUUUCUCUUCAUUAAACCUUCUAUUUCCAACCACAGAAAAAUUUUCAACAAAAAUUUUGUUAAUUUUAUCACAAAUCGUUGAAAAAAGCGAAUCAUUAUUCUACGAUAUUCAUACAUGGCUCAAGCGCUUAUAUACUAUCGGUCAAUUCGUUCUAAUGUGCGAAAAAUUGAAAAAACAUGAAAAAAUUUUCGGAUAUUCUUUACGACAAUCUGACGGCUCCGUUCAUAUCAUAUUUGGAGCCAAUGUAGAUUACCAAGUCGAGUUUAAUAUGUCUCCAACCGAUUGCGGAAUCUGCAUUUUCUCAUCUAAGCCAUUAGAACGACCAGACAAGACAAAAUCGUUUUACAAAGCUAUAUUCGCGAACUCAUAUCCGGAUAUAGUCCCAAUUCUCUCAGAAAUGAGGGAUAUUGCUCAUUAUUCAAUCAUAUCAUCUGUAUCUAACAGACUUUCACAUGCUUUCGUUGUUGCAGGGUUCCCAAGCUUCAUGUGCGAAUGUACACGUACAGAGAUAGUCGUAAAACUCAACGGAAGAGACUUUUGUCGCGUAUUUUUGUCUCGUUUCGAUUCCAACGUCGAAACCGAAAUUUUUGACGAUAUCGGAGUGUCAGGACCAGAGCUUGUCCAUUGCCUGUCAUGUGACGAGUGCGAGAGAAUCUCUAUUUCCCAUUCUUUGUAUUUAGUUUCAGUUGUAAGAGAUCUGUUGAAUUUAGUUGAAUUUCGAAUCGCGCAAUCGUUUGCACCACCUAUUCCUGUUAAAUCUGUGCAGCCAAGAGCGAUUCGGUUCAGUUUUGCUCCAGAUUUUGUCAUCAAAUUAUCAGAUACACGUGGCCGACCACGUUUGGAUGUUAUUUCAAACGACGGAGUGGUCACAUCCACAAAUGAGAUGAUAUUGUUGAACGAAACAAAGCAUUUGUUCGAUACUCGAAACAAAUUAUUAAAUGCAGUGCUUUCUGCAAAGCCAGCUGUUGUUAUUCUGCAACUACAGAAGUUCUUGUUCAACGAAGGUAUCGAAAGUCAUGCAGAAAAUAACAAAAUCCACUUCCAAAUUCAACCAUUUGAAUGUGUUGAGUUUAGAUGCGAUAUGACCGGCUACUGGACCUUGUUCUUUGUUAAGCCAUUGCCACUCCAUGAUGACGCAACGGUCUGCAUCCAUGGAAAUGGAUUUUCGUCAGAUUUCUGUCAAUGGCUCAAAAGAUUGAUCACAGUUAUUGGUCUAGAGCUCGGUUUAGUAUCACAAUUAGAGAGUAUAUCCAUGAUGAAGAAUAUUAUCUCCAAAUUUUGCACAGAAAACAAACUUCAAUUUUCCAAUCUCUUCCAGAACACGACGCGAAGGUUGAACCUUACAGUAAACAACGUACAGUUCAUAGAAAAGAAGAGAAACGUCGAACAUUUCAAAUUAGUCGGGUAUCGCCAUGCUCAUCUUUCGUUUGAGACACUUUUGAACACUUUCGACCUUUUCUCUACACGUAUUGAUAAUUCCAUGUACUUAACUCCGAGUUUGGUGACGAUUCAUAAAGCAUUUGCUGAUCGGCCAAAUUGGUCGAUUCAAAUGCACGAGCAAUUCAAAGUCUUGUUGAUUUUUAUGAGAAGGCACAUGAUGAAGAUUAAUUUUAACAGUUUUAUUAAUCUCCACGUGCAAAUUAGCGUUACAGAUGAAGAUUUGCAGAUUCCGAUGCAUAAAUUUGUUUACCAGCACACGAUAACUAUUAUGCAGAUUGAAGAUAUGCGGAAGUCUGUUGAAGAGUUCUUUGCCUUGCUUUAUUGUCUGGAAAAAUAUGGUUUUCAAAAACAUGAAAAUUACAAAACCGAAAUUUCCAGGAAAGGUCAAGUUAAGAAAGAACCAAUGAUCAGAUAUCUUCCCCAAACAUUCGGAGAACUCACAGUGAAUGUCCUUAUCACUACAAAAGGUCCACAAUUCGAGUUUCAAGGUAGACCAUCUGAUGAUGCCAACAAAUUCAUGAAUUUGCUGGGAGAUGGUAUGCAAGGAUUCUUGUUUAAGCGUUUAAUUGGCUUUUACAUGAUAGAUCCUCAGCUUGGAUUCGAUAUUUCGAUCUGGAUUCCAAAAAUUAUGAAAACUCAGAAGUUUGAUUGCGAGGAAAGCCUCAAAACAAUUAAACCCGACUUGCAGACAAAGAUAUUCAGAAUGAAAAUCAUCAAAAUCGAAGAUCCUUCGUUUAUUGGAGUCGAAAUUUCAAAACAAAAUGAUGUCUUGCGCUUAAUUUGUGUCUAUAACGGUAACCAAGUUGAGCAAUUCUCUGAAUUUAGAACUCUGACUAAUUUUAUUAAUGCUUUGUAA